UUUGCUACUUACAGAUCUGACUCUGGUGACGAGCGUCGACCUACUAUUCGCCGCGAAGAAUGUGAAGUUCAAGACUAUUGCAAUGAUGAUCAUUAUUUGGCAGAGCAGGAAUAUUUUAGUGGAGAAGAAUAUUAUGAAGAAGACAGUAUGUUGUCAGGAAGCAGGCAUAUAUAUGAUUACCACUGUAGAUAUCACUGCCAUGACUCAGAUUUUGAGAGACCGAAAGGCUACCAUCACCCACAUGGUUUUUUUGAGGAAGAUGAUUCACAGAUCUGUUAUGAUACAAAAAGAUCUCCUAGGAGACGGCUGCUACCUCCAACACCAACACCAAAUAGACGAUCUUCCUUCAACUUCGAAUGCCUCCGCCGACAAAGUAGUCAAGAUGACAUACCACUCUCUCCUAAUUUCCACCAUCGCACUGCUUUACCACUUCACUUAAUGCAACAGCAGGUCAUGGCUGUUGCGGGUCUGGAUUCCAGCAAAGCUCAUAAACAUUCACCAAGUCGUUCAACGCGUUCCUGGGCUACCCCACCUGCAACCCCUCCCAACAGGGACCGCACUCCCUAUUACACACCUCUAAUCCAGGUUGAUAGGGCUGAAUCUACAGAACAUAUGAAUGGUAGCCUGCCUUCCUUGCAUAGGAGCUCUUGGUACACAGAUGACACUGAUAUUUCCUACCAAACAUUUACACCAGCCAAUUUAACUGUACCUAAUGACUUUAGGUAUAAACAUAGUGACAAACAGAGGAGUGCAGACAGUUUGGUAGAAGCGGUACUUAUAUCUGAAGGCCUAGGAAGGUAUGCAAAAGAUCCUAAAUUUGUUUCAGCUACAAAACACGAGAUUGCUGAUGCAUGUGACAUGACUAUUGAUGAGAUGGAAAGUGCAGCAAGUAAUCUUCUCAAUGGAAAUAUCAGCAAUGGGACUAAUGGGGAUAUGUUUCCAAUUUUAAGCAGACAAGAUUAUGAACUUCAAGAUUUUGGUCCUGGCUACAGUGAUGAAGAACCAGAAACGGGACGAUAUGAAGAAGACUUAGCUGAUGAAAUGAUAUGCAUUACGAGCUUAUAGUAUUUAGCAAGGAAAAUGAUUCUAAUAACAGAAAAAGUGCCUCAUAGUUUAAAGAUGCUAGGCACUAGCUGGAGUGAACAACAAUCAAGUUUUGUACGAGUGAUGUCACACCUCAAGGAAGCCAUAACUAAUAAAUUGAUUAUCUCCAGGUUGCCGAAAUGUGAUCAGAGUACAUCAAGUCUCCUCCCACAGAAUCUUCAGUUCCUCUGUAGGAAUAAGGUUAUUUUGAAACCAAGCAGACUGUGACAAUCAGUUUUUUGAGGGCUAGAGCGGGAUUCUGAGGUGUAAUAUCUUGCCUGUCUUUCAACCUUGUGCUGCUGUCCUUCAUAGUAGAGCAGGAUUUUGUCAGUGAAAAUGUCUGUAUAAGUCUGGCACAAAAUUGCGUGGGAAAUAGCAACGUGAGAUGAGUGAUGACAACCAAUAAUGUCAUUACCUCAGUACUCAAUUGCAUAUCAGCUGCCCGUUGCAUAUCCAUUCUAACAUUGUUUUCAAACUUGCCUCCUGAUUUCUUUUCUUAAUGCUCUUCUAAAAUACAGUUUGUUAUGCUCUACCUGUUAGAGAUCAUUGGAAAAAGAAGUUAUAUAAAGAAUAAUCUGUCAUAUGUAACACCAGUUUACAUAGGAAAAUAUCAUUCAGAUAGUCUGUUUUAUGACUAUCACAUUAAGGGCAAAAUAUACUGGAAUAAUUGCAUUCUUACUAAUGCACUUGCAACCAGGUUAUAGUAGAAUUAGAUAAGAUAGUUUGCUAAAAAUUAUAUAAUAGAAAUUAUUGUAAAUGAAUUGUAAUAUACAAUGAUUUGUAUUUGUAAAGAGAUGUUCUAUAUUUUGUAAUUAUUGUACCGUAAUUGAACUGCAGCAAUAUUUAUGGACCCUAAUUAUUGUAACUCUCCACAGAAUUCUAGAUAGAAGUAUUUUUACUUGGAAUAUAUAGAUCUAUAGCAUAAAUAUUUAAAUAGAGCCGCCUCUCAGUGUAAAUCUCUUUUGGGAUAAAGUGUCAAGUUUGAACUUGGCAACAGAACAGGUUGUUUUUUUUUUUUUAAAUAAUUGAGUCAAAUGAAUCUCUCUGCAUAAGGGAUGCACAGUUGACUAUUUACAGUCUUAUACUUGGAAAGGUAAAAGAUUUAAAGUUAUUUUAACUUUUUUGAUUGAAAAAUAAGCUCUAAUUUUAUUUUUGUAUUAAUCCCAUGCUAAAAAUAAACAUUAAAAUAAUUUAAAAAUUGGCAAGUUCAUGCCAGGGUAUUACUGGUCAUGAGACAAUUAGUUUUGACAACGUAUAUUACCUACAUACCCUACUUUGAUAGGAAGCAUCUUGGGCAGAAAAUAUUUCACAGGUAAAUGAAAAUGCUUUACUUCAGUACUACUUACUCUGCUUGGAAAGAAAAGAAACAUGAUAAAAUGAUUCUUCACAGAACCAAAAACCUUCAUAUAAGAAGUAUACUAUUUUAUUGCCUCUACCUUUCUGUUGUUCUAUGUGUACUAUUUCAAAGAUUUAUUUUUAUGCAAUCAAGAGAGGGCUUAGAUAUUGUUCACAAUGCAGUAAAAUCCUGAAAUGACUUUGAGGCUAAUACAACCUUGGAGGAAAAUCAAAAAACACUGAAAAGCUACUGUCUAUUUUGUUAGCACUGGAUAACAAUGACUUGUCUAACAAGUUAUCUUAUCAGGUUUUACCUGUAGUUCAUAUGCUAGAUAGCAAUCCAGUUCACAUUUUUACAAAUGUGAUGUUUAAAACAUGUCAAUAAACAUUUUGUACAUAAUGACAGUUUCCUAUGAAUAGCUUACAGACUUCCUCUGAAAUCAUUCUUAUUUCAAAUGCCAGGAUAAGAACUUAAAGGUUUGUAAAUUAUUUCUUGACCUACAUCAUUUUGUAUUAAAACAAAUGCAAAAUGUUCUUCAAAAUAAAACUGUGUAAUAAUUUUAUUAUA